CGCAGAAAAUAUUUAGGGCUCUAAAUACAAAAGUGACUUCCAAAUUCAAAAAUGGACUCGCAAAAGGCAAAGACCAUAACCGCCAUACCACUGGAGCACCAGAGAAGACCCCAUAGCACACCUGUCCUACAGGCAAGGCCCUCCAUUUGGGGCAGAAAUAGUGGCGGAUCCAACCAAACCCCAAAGUCGAAAGCAAUUGUCGCCGUGCCUGCGCUUAGGAUGCGUUCAAAGAGUGAUUUAGCUACGCCGCACAGCCCGAAUCCGUAUGCAGUGAGUAGCCGCAUCUACCGGCCUUCCAGAUCCCUCAUCUUCGACUACAAUCUGUCGCCGGUGGAGCAGCAACACUUCAGCAAGUGCAGCGAUCCGAUGAAGUCUGUGCCGGCAGCGGAGCUUGAGCUGCUACGCAGUGGGCAGCGAUCUACCUACCUGGAGCGCCGGUACGAGCACAGCCCCGACGACAAAUACAACUAUCCGGAGGCUACCAGCUGGCGAUACGGCUGGUUCCAUUUGCAGUCCAAUCCUUGCCAGAAAAGACAACCAAGAAGGGACUAAUUCGAAGAUUGUCUUAUGUCGUAAACAGUUUCAGAAACAGUACUUGAAUUAUUCUUAUAACUUUGGGUAGAUCGUAAAAUAAAUAGUGUUAAAAAAGGCA